AUGAGAGUAUGCACCAGAGAACCAAAACUGCAUUCUCUGCCUUACGAUAUUUUCUACCAGGUUGUUGAAGAUCUUGACUUGUCAGACUUUAACAAUCUCAGUCGCGUCAAUAGAAGUCUGUACAAUCUUCUGCAGAAUGAUCAGCUUGCCAAGCGCACCAUCAAGAAAUAUGCUCGCUAUUCCAAGGAGGCCCAGUGGGCUAUUGCCGGAAAUAUAUCUUUCCGUCAGGCCAUCGGACGCAUACACGAUAUGCAGCAGGCGGUAGCGAUGGCUGAACCGUAUUCGGUUGCAGUGCUGGCAUACGCGGCUACAUUCAUCUAUCGGGACGGCGUGUUGUCGUAUGUCAUUGACAAUGAAAUUCGCGUCUUGAAUGUUCAUCGAGCAGAUAGUACAGAACAAGUCGUGGAUGUCCAUAAUAUGCUACGUCGGAUUAUACCGGCGUAUCGUCAACACCAAGUUGCAAACCGUUCAGUACAAAUCUCAUUCUUACACUACUCAUCAGGAGUGCUGGCAUUUCUGGUGGAAUUCGAGGCCGAUAGACAUGCAUGGUUAAUUCUGCUAGAUGUUACCCCUGGGUGUUCGAGAAGACUUAAAUUCAUGACGCAGCUGGAAUGUACGCGACGACUUUUUGUCCGCCAUAAUGGCACACAUCUCUAUUAUGGUGUGCAUUCAUUUGUCAAUGCUUCUGGCGAGCUACUCUGGGUCAUUCAGUGGGUUGAUCUCACCAGGAACACUUCGACCCGGGAUGUGCCGCCUACCAUUCUAGAUAAACUGGCGGGCACCGAAAUAGGGCAUAACGUCUGUUUUGAGAUCUUCGACAAUCAUCUUUAUGCCGUGUCUAAUAUAAUUGACUCGGAGGAGGAGGCAUUGAAUUGGAGAUCGUUUUAUGAAUGGGUCUGCAUCCCGCCAGCACGCAAUCUGCGCAGGGCGCGAAUGAACAGAAUCUGGCGACGAGAUCAUCUCGAAGGUCCCAUCAACGAUACAUGGACUGAGAUGUCUUUACGCAUGGAUGAAAAAACUGGUCGGCCUAUGAUUCUCGAAUGUCGUCGCGAAUGGCGAGAAGGUCGCUCAGAUCACGUACGAACGUAUUAUGCCGAACCUUUACCCCCGUUUCCUGAAUUGGCUGCCACCGGGGAAAUUCAGGGAGAAGCUGAACACACUACACCGCGUAUAACACCACAGCCCCCGUCUUCAAUGACUGAUUCACCCUUCGAAAGUGGCAUUGCACCCAGUAAUAUCACACUACCGACUCCUUUGCCUUUGAACGGGCCCUCGGCAGAGGAUCUAGCUCGACAUAAAAGAAUAGGGAAACAUGUACAUUCAGAGUACACAUGCAAUUGCUCUACAAGAAAAGAAUUUAUUUUGGCAAAAACGAAAUAUCGCACAUACAAUCUCUCAGCCUGUGCAUUUGUCGAUUUGGUCAAUGAUCCGGAACCAAAUAAUCGAGUUGGAGCUGCUACAGAUCGGUUACGUCUACGGAUCAAUUCUCGCAAACGGAAAUACACAUCGUCUGGUGAAGACCACGACCAUCAGCAUGUAUACAAACGCAGCAAACUCGAUGACUCUACAGCCCAAAUUUCAUCUACAACUAAUGAAAAAGAAGACGUCAUCGCAGACCACGUCCGCCUAUGGCCCCCCGACAACGCAGACGAAGAACUCAUCAGACUCCUCUGCCCAACCCGAAAAGCAACCAACAUCCACGCAAUUGCCGAUGAACGCUCACUAAUCUAUUCUGUCGAUACAGACGAGCCCCAAAAGCAAGCCAUUAUCCUGAUCAACUUUGAUCCCCAAUUUCGUCUUCCCUGCAUGCACAAUAGAUCUCAGGAGUUUAUCGGUAAGCAGUCGUCAUCAGAAUCUGCCCCUGUUGGGAUCGGUUUAAUUGGACCUGAGGACACGAAGAAGAGUAGUAGGCGACAGAGAUGUUCUAUUUUGAGUCCUUGUUCUUCUUCAUAUUCAGCCAAUAGUAAUAACGGCAAGUCAAGUGUACGAACCGAGGCGGCGAUGCAUUUGUCUAUUGAUAAGGGGUAUUGGUUUGAUAUAAAGAGAUGGUGAACUUGAUUAUAUGUGCUGAUACUCGCCUUAAAA